GUUUUUGUUUCUUACGGUCACUUUUAUGGCUGCACCGGCCGGAAGUUUGUGCGUGUCACAGAGGAGGCUGUGAACAGGCACUGGGAAAACGACAAUUGCUAUCACAGACAUCGGUUGUAAAUCUCCACCGUGGCGUGAGCCAGUAUGGCCUCUGCCCCAGCACAGCAGCCCACACUCACUGUAGAGCAAGCGCGAGUUGUUCUGAGUGAGGUGAUCCAGGCGUUCUCUGUGCCUGAGAAUGCAGCCCGCAUGGAGGAAGCCAGAGAGAGCGCCUGCAACGACAUGGGCAAGAUGCUGCAGCUAGUGCUGCCUGUGGCCACCCAAAUCCAGCAGGAAGUCAUCAAAGCAUACGGCUUCAACAAUGAGGGAGAGGGUGUUCUCAGAUUUGCCCGACUAGUGAAGAUGUAUGAAACUCAGGACCCAGAGAUUGCAGCCAUGUCAGUGAAACUCAAGAGUCUUCUUCUGCCACCUCUUUCCACUCCUCCCAUUGGCAGUGGAAUCCCAACUUCAUAGAACUAGUUCCAGUUCCAAACAUUUUCAACCAUAAAUAGUGCAUAGUGCAAAUACAGUCAGUUGUAUCCAAAUAUUAUCUCUAAGAGUUAAGGAUCUUGAAGUCAGUUUUAACACUUUUCAUCUCAAGUAACUUAAACUGAGGUUAAUUAAACAUUGCUUGGGAUACAACGUUUCAAUAAAAAGUAAACUUCUACAUUCCCAUUUACUUUCAGUUAAAUGACUAGAAUUCAAAAGAUUUCUUUUUUUCCCUCAUAUUUAUUAUUUUUCAUAUCUCAUUGGAUAACAAUGUCCAAUGUGCAUAUAUUUAUCAAGCAUAACACUCAUUUGUUAGGGCCUUUUGAAGGUCUGGUUUCAUUGUAAAGCUUUUUAUACAUUUUCCAUUUAUUAAUUUCUUACUGGUUGCUCAUAUAAGUAUAUAGUCAACAUUUAUACUCGAUAACCUGUGACCCUGUUCUUAUGCUCAUUGCUGUUUGCAAAACUAUUAUCAGAUCAGUGUUUAUCCAAUAAAGAGUCUUUUUUUUUUUUACUGA